GGGCCCCACAGGGGGGUGCAACCGGGUGAUGGCGGUGGUAACUGAGAACGGCCGCAGCCUUGGAAUUUGGCGUUCCACGCUGACUCGAUGCAAUGAAGUCAGCAGGCCGUUCUAACGAGACAAGCUGUUCUGUUCCAUAUUCGCUGUGUUUUGCCUAUUUCCAGCUGGGAUGGUGUUGCAGUGAUACUGACAUAUUGGGAAAACAACGAUGCUAGUCAGAUAUAUUCACUCUGAUAGAAGAUCUCGUUCGUCUGAGCGGCCGGUGCGAUGCUCUUCACGAACAACCGGUUGGCAAGAAACCGAAUCCAGAACGAUCUCUAUCGCCCUACGCAAGACACCAAGAAGACUCACUCUCGGCAGCCCUCUUCUUGAUAUGCUGUGUCCAGGGAUGUCAUUUAGGCCCCGGCCCCAGUUUCAAGAUCACCCUAGAAACCUUUUUCUUCGCACUCAAACUCUCUCCCUCGAUCGGUUCCUCCUCAAUGCUCGACAGCCCGCUGUCCGAGCUUGGAUCCUCCUCCACAAGCGUUGUCGACGUAGGCUGCGUGCUGCUGCUACUGAUGCUUGAAACGGGCUUCUUCGCUGUCCGAUCUCGCAAUACCCGCGAGGUGGGAGCAGGUGCAGCUUUGGCAGACAGUGAGACGGGACUUCUGUCGAGAUCAGCAAACAGCUCCAACGUGCGGUCGAGCCAAGGAUGGGCAUUCUUAGGCGGAAGAGAAGGUCGGCCGCCCCGUCGUUUCUUCGUAGCUU